AUGAAACUACCCAAGCAAACUUUGACGGAGGCAGUCACUUUGGUCGGAGACAGUUUGGAUGCAAAUGAUGGCGAUGGUGAUGAAGGCAGUGAUAAAGAAGAUUCGAGAAAAGACGAGGACAAGGUUGUAGCUGUCGGUCACUGGGAAUAUAGUUAUAAUGGCGGUAAAGGGAAAGGCAAAGGUUUCGGUAAAGGAAAGGGUAAAGGUUUUGGCAAAGGAAAUCAGGGUGGCUGA